AUGAAUAAGCUACUCCAGGCGAGCACUACGUUUACUAUCUCUCGAAGCGCAACUCGGCGAUAUCAGUCAGCCAGUCAGAAGCUAUUCGAGGAUGCCGAAAGGGAGGAAAACGACGAAGAGCUCAGGAAGACCAAAGAAAAGCUGGAGCAAAGACUCUUGCAAGACACAAACUGGACAGGAGAGGAGAAGACAGAAGACACUGUGCUGCGAAUGCUCGUCGACAAGCACAAACCGCUGAGGACGGGGUUUAUACAGACUGCAGACGAGAAGAUUAAAGCAAACCCGCCAAAGGUCAGGCCCAUGCUGGGACAAGAGAGCCAGCCACACGAAGCAAAAGACGACGUGAUAUUACCUGGUAUAGAGGGCCACAAGCCUUGGAUGACCACCUACAAAACACCAUCUUUUGCGGUGAACCCCUCUAUUCGCGUCAUGCGCUUACCUCCUCAGCCAGCUGCAAGUCGAAAGCCAGCCGACGAGGGCUCGACUAUCAGAGGCCCCACUCGAGAGGAGCGAGCCAGGAUGGAAACAGCAGAUCGUGUUGCAAGCGCUAGAGAAAAGGUCAUUGACUAUAGGUUCGCUGGGAUUUCGCCCGCGACAACUGGGGACUCGGCUCCAAGGGCCAACCCAAAAACAAUGCAAGGAUGGCGGUCACUAGUUGAGGAAAGGAUUGAGGAAGCAAGGAAUCAAGGCGCCUUUAAAAAUAUCAAAGGCGCGGGGAAACCUUUCCAACGAGAUAUCAACGAGUCAAACCCAUUCAUUCCUGCGACAGACCUCCUACUCAAUAAUCUUGUAAAACGCAAUGGUGCGUCUCCGCCUUGGGUCGAACUCCAGCGAGACUUGGACUCAAACGUUGCUACUUUUCGCAAUAUCCUUCGUUCGUCCUGGGUUAGACGAGUUUGCCGCCAUCUCCCGACAACCUACCUCGAUCCUGAGGCCAUUUACAAACUUUCCCCAGAGAGCCUCGCUGAAGUCAGAGAUGCAGCUUGGGAGCAAAAGGAGCGCGCAUAUCACGAGCAAGCCAUCAAGGAACUCAAUUCUUUGGUGCGACGAUACAAUGCCAUCGCGCCGUACUCUGUCAGGCGAGGGCUUCAUGUUCUCGAGCAAGAACUUGAGCGGUGCUACUCAACAAGUGGCGAAAUUAUCUACAAGGAGCUUCGGGCACAGCGUGAUGUAAUGACGUCGGCGGGUCGCCCAAAGUCGCAAUCUCAAGUUGCGGAUGCUGGGCUGUCAAACAGCACAGGCCUCUGGGCUCAGCUAGUAGCCGCUAUUCGUUCCCUCUUGCGAGCAUAG